AUGGAGGUCGUUAGGUCUCGUUCAGCACGCUGGAUCGCGAACACGCCUGGACGACUAUACCGUGCUCUUCCAUCUGUGGUGCUAGGUACUCUAUUCAACGUUCUUGAUACUGUGUCCACAGGGUUGCUUAUUUUUCCGUCUGAAGAGGGCUCAAAUGGAGUCUUUCAAGCCUUGCAGAUACAGGGUCUGUCGAUGUAUAUUAUGAGCACAAUCCUUUCGCAGGUGGCUAUGACAUUAGGUGGAUCGCGCUUUCCAGGAGCUCUAGGAGCAAUGCUCAUAGAAAUACUGCCCUUUCUGAGAGGCAUUGGCAGCGAUAUCCGCGAUGUUCUUGGUCCCGACAACCCUUCCUUAGUCCCGACUGUCUUUGCCGCAUAUGCAAUGACCAGUUUUCUGAUUGGUUUUGCCUUCAUCGUUUUAGGCCUACUCAAGCUGGGAAAUCUUGUCGCCUAUUUUCCUCAGACUGUCCUUACAGGUGCCAUCGGUGCCAUCGGUCUUUCACUGUUUAUCCUCGGGCUCGGGCUCAUGCUUCCUCCAUCUUCACCGGCGCUUACACUUUCCUCGGCUGGCUCCGUUCUGUUCAAGUUCCUCUCACCUCCCACUUCUUGUGGCUUCAUUCCUUCCCGCCCUUAUCUUGUCGGUGUCCACGCGAUCUCAGCUCAUCAAUCGUUGGACGCGUGGUAUGUUGGGGCACUGCAUUGUCCUAGAGACACCCUUGUGACCAAUGGUUGGCUCUUUAGAGUUGACGCAUCUGCAACCCGCGGAGGCGGCAUUGGGACGGCGUGGAUCUAUUGGAGAGAAUUUGAUUUCCACAAGGUCGAAUGGUGGGCGAUGAAAAAUGCGAUUGAAAAUAUCGUACUUUUGGUCGUGAUUGGCGUCUUGAAUCUGCCCAUAUAUGUCCCUGCGCUAGCAUUCAGUUUGAAUGUACCUUACGAUAUGAAUCACGAAUUUUUCGGUCAAGGCGCAGCAAACAUUCUUGCAGGAAUAGCGGGAACGGCUCCCAACAUCUUGCAAUAUUCCUACUCGGUCUUCUUCACUCGCGCCAAUGGAGGCCGUUUCGAAGCAGCUCUCGUAACACUUCUUACCUUUGUCUUGUUUCUUACUUCGGGGCUCCUCCUCCCGUAUGUUCCGACUGUGCUGGCUUCGGCCUUGGUUCUUUUUCUCGGUAUCGAGCUCCUUCUUGAGGCUGUAUGGGAGUCUGCCAAGACUCUCGUUUGGCUUGAAUGGAGUAUCGUUGUGGGAACUCUGAUGGCAUGCACAUUUUUGGGCUUUGCGGAAGGCUUUGGCGUUGGAAUUGGGGCCGCGAUAGUUGUCUACUUUGUGUACGGGGUCGUUGACUCUCGUGCUCGCGUUAUGAAAUGGGAAGAAUGGAACGAAACGCAUAUGCAUCAAAGCCAGGAUCAAGAGCAACACACCCCUACGCAUCGUAUUUCACCGCUCAAUCACACACCAUCGGCAACCUAUCCACUUACGAACGUCACUCUAACCGACAUCGAGAGUGGUGGAAGUUUGGAGAAGAAUCUCCCCGACUCCAUGCUACGGGACGUCAACGCACGUGUCGUGGUUCUAUCAGGAUAUGUUUAUUUUGCUACCAUCCCAUCUCUAGAAAGCCAGCUCCUCGACACGAGGAUACAACCGGCAUUUGUUAUCGUUGAUUUGUCGACGGUUCACCGCCUUGAGACUGCAGCCGCGCAGUGCUUUCAGCGUGCGGUGCGCGAUUUAGCGCCCCGAUCUACAAUUUUAGUGCUCUGUGGAGUUCAGAAAGGUUCUGGAGUCCACGCAGAUUUUGACCGAGCUGGAGUUGACUUGACUUUUGACUCUGAGAAGGGAGGAGCGGCCUCGGAAAAUGGUAUCCUUUCCUUCAGAGCACGCGGAGAUGCGUUGACUUGGUGUGAACGGCAGAGUGAAGUCGCCCGCUCUGACCUAGAAAAAGGCAGUGACAGCAUUGGACUAAUAUCUAAUGUUGAGAUAUAUCGCAAGUUCUGCAAGCUAUUCGACUUUGACUUGAGGACUUUGCUUGAGAGCGGUAGGAUUACCGAGGACAGCUCAGAGUCCAUUGACUCUGUUCCAACUUCCCAGAAUGAUAUCGAUAUCUUCGUUAGCAUGGGUGCACAUAUGAAAUGUUAUACUCCUGGACAGGUCAUCGCGCGUACAGCUGACAUCGACCGCAUCGUCUUCUUUGUCGAAGGACACGCCGAUAUCAUACCUAUAGAACCAUCAAUGCGCCCCUCCUUCCGUCGUUUCCUGUUAAUGCUGCCAGAAGAAAGCCUACAAUUCUUGAAACGGACGGGUGUGGUCGCGUUUUCGGCCAGUUCCGGGGCUACAUACCUUGUCUCCCGGUGA